AUGGCAAGUGUAGCAAGUCCGUACGUAGUCCUUCACGAAUUGAGCCAUGCCGUACCAGUAAUAGUUGUGCGACAGCAGCUCAACUGUCUUCCAAACUCCAGAGUGUCCUGCCAGAGGAGAGUCAUGGUGAAGCCGUACCAGCUCAGUCCGCAACUUCUGACCGUUCGGAAUGUAGAUCUUGCCCUAAUACUAGAGGAGAUCCUGUUCGAUGUUCCAAUCGACCAGGUCAUUUCGCAGUGCUGCAGGUCUGAGCUUCUUCACAUGCUUCAGGGCUUCUACAACUGCAGGUUCAAAGUUCUGACACUCCCUGAUGCACUUCAGGAGGGUCUUGUCCGGUACAACCGCAAGGUGUCCUCAUCGACUCAUCAGGAUAUGGAACUAUUCAGGGCGGAGUACUGUUCAAGCCAGGUUGUCUUCACCAUCACCGUGCUAAUAGUCUGGUCGCCUCGACAUUGCGUCUGCAUGUCCGUUAGAGAUAUCAGGCUUGUGGGUGAUGACAAAGUCAAACCGGGAUAG